AUGAGUGUGACACAAUCGCCAGCGAAUUCCCAUGAUUCGCUCCUUCAUAUACCCUUGACUUAUAAUAUUGCGGACUCGCAAGCCUCGGCCUUGAGACUGGUGCUGGCCUUGUAUCCGCAGUGGGAACACGAAGAAGGUCCGAUCGAGUUCGUCCGAUUCACCGAUGGCAUUACCAACACCCUCCUCAAGGCAAUCAAGAAGAGACCUGGUUCGAACCAGGAACAAAUUGAUGAGGAAGCUGUUCUCCUGAGAGCCUAUGGCAAGGGAACGGACUUGCUGAUCGAUCGCGAAAGAGAGACCGCCUCGCACUCCCUUCUCGCUCGUCAUGGACUCGCGCCCGCUUUACUCGCUCGGUUCCAAAAUGGCCUGCUGUACAAGUUUAUCCGUGGAAAACCUUGCUCAUCUGAGGAUCUCACAAGGCCCUCCGUGUGGCGCGGCGUAGCCCGACGACUUGCCCAAUGGCAUGCUGUUUUGCCCGUUGUCUCCGUCAAUGACGUGGCGACAGUUGAAGCGACAGAUGAUGAGAUGCCUUUACCGCUCCCCGGAACUCGGGCUCCGCGCGUUAAUAAAGCCACGCUCAGUACGAUACAAGGAAUUGCGCCCGGAAAACCUGUGCCCAAUAUCUGGACGGUCAUGCAACAGUGGGUGCUGGCUCUACCGGCUGGGACAGAGGCCGAAAAGCAGCGACAAGCCACCUUGCAACGGGAGCUUGAGCGGAUAGUCAAGGAACUCGCAUAUCUGCCUGGUCCAGGAAAGAAUGGCCUUGUCUUUGGACAUUGCGAUCUUCUUUCUGGUAACGUCAUCAGAGAACCUUGUGUCAAUGGCACUCAUUCAAACGCCGAGGCGGAGCCUGUUAGCUUUAUCGAUUACGAGUACGCAACACCGGCGCCCGCAGCUUUUGAUAUCGCCAACCAUUUUGCCGAAUGGGGUGGUUUCGACUGCGACUAUAGUGUCCUGCCAACCAGCGCUCAACGACGAGGUUUCCUUAAAGAAUAUUUGGAAAGCUACCACGAACAUUCUGGUACAUCUGGUCCCACUGAAGCAGAAGUCGACCAGAUAUUCCAAGACGUCGACUUGUUCCGCGGCAUUCCAGGAUUCUACUGGGGCGUCUGGGCUCUCAUCCAGGCUACCAUUUCCCAGAUUGACUUUGACUACGCCAGCUAUGCUGAGAUCCGUCUCGCCGAAUACUGGGCAUGGAGGGAAGAAGCAGAAGGUACUCGGGCCAAGCAAGGCAAAGAGACGCCCCUGCGAGAGCGCCGCUGGGCUCAGGAAGCCUAG